AUGGACAAGACAAAAGAAUGUUCGCUGCUCGAUAAAGAUGGUGCUAGUGGUACUUCACAAAAUAGAGACUCUGUAGGACCACAGGGUAUUACUUUUUCAGGAAAAACUUUUAUUGUUCCCCUGACUCACGAUAUGGUGAAGACUCUUUUUGAUCCGACACUACACAAAUCAAAUGCAGAAUUGAUUAUCUUGGCAUGUUUAUUUGCUAAUCUUGCUGUGUUUGCAAUACCUUUGAACCGGAUACGAAUUGUAAUCUUUGUUGGUUUAUACAUUUUCUGGAGAUUAUCCUAUAAUUUUGGUAUUGGCUGGUUAUUGCAACAGCAGUCACUAAAUAAUAAAUUGGUUUCGUGGGCUCAAGAAGGGAAAUUAUUUGAUUCAAAUAACAAGCUGGUUUGGGCUCAAUUUGUACAACAUGAAGUUAUAUCUCAAAGAGGUGAGGACUACAAGAUCGAGUCAAUGCCCAUUGAGUUCAAUACAUGGUUGGUUUUUAGAAAAUUUGUUGAUUUGAUCUUGAUGUCUGAUUUUGUUACAUUUUGUUGUGUUGUUUGCACUUGUGCCAUGGAAAAUAAGGCUGACUUUUCAAACCACUGGUUAGUCUAUACAAGAAUUGUUAUUGGCGUUUGCCUAAUCUUGUUCAACUUGUGGGUCAAAGUCAAUGCCCACAAUACAAUUAAGGAUUAUGCUUGGUAUUGGGGUGAUUUCUUUUUCAGACAAAUCAAUAAUGAAGAGCUAAUCUUUGAUGGUGUUUUCGAAAUGGUGCCACAUCCAAUGUACUCAGUAGGGUAUAUUGGUUACUACGGGUUUGCAUUGAUUGCUAAAUCAUACAUUGUUUUGGCAAUUGCAGUUUUUGGACAUUUUUUACAAAUGAUUUUUUUGCACUAUAUUGAAAACCCUCAUAUUGAUAAAAUUUAUGGUCCCUCUAAAAAUGAAAUCAACUUGAUCAAGCUUUUGAAAUUAAAAGAUUUGAAAAGUUUUGAUAAUAUGCCUCCCUUGGUUGGAUUGUAUAAUUUUAAUUUUAUGAGGGCAAGUGAUAUACUUAAUUUGAUCUUAGUUUUCACUUAUGGUGUUGUUAUUCCCGUGUUGAUCAAGAAUGAUUCAUCAAAAUUAUACUUUUCUUUAACUAUUGCAACCAAGUUAAUUGAGAGUUUUGGAAUCAGUACGUUAUUGGUUUUACAAAGUUAUUUCAAAUAUUUCACCAAGUGGUGUCUUUCAAAUGAUAUUCCAGUGGAAAAAUCGUUGAACAACUGGGCAAUCAUCUACAAUACGCUCAUCAAUUUGACAUAUGCAUCGUUGUUUGGAUUGAACUUGAUUUAUUACUUGCAAGGUUCGGCCGACUUACUUUUUAGAGAUUUAUUUUAUUUAAGAAUAUUUGCUGGAACGUUACUUAUUAUAACCCAAAUAUGGAUCAAUGCUUCAAUCAUCGACCUGAUUGGUUAUUUUGGUUGGUUCUAUGGUGAUUUCUUUAUUCCCAAAUCGCAAAGCAUAACAACACACUUGACUAAAGCUGGAGUUUACCGUUAUUUAAAUAACCCCGAACAAAUUUUUGGGGUUUGUGGAGUUAUGGGUGUUUUCAUCUUGUGGCCUACAGUUGAAAACUUGACUUGUUGUUUCUUAUGGGUGGUCAAUAACUUUAUUCGUAUUAAUUUUAUCGAGAAAUCGCACAUGGUUAGAGUAUAUGGAGAACACGAAGUAAACCAAGAUUCUGGUGUCACCAAGACGUUUAAAAAACAUUUGAUUCCAGAAGUGAUUCAAAAGAGAAUAAGUACUGAUGAAACACCUUCAAGAGCAAUAAGAGGUAAUCAAACAAUAGCCGACUCAUUGGAUAAUUUCAUCAAGGAUUUAAGAAAUUCCAAAACCAAAUUGUCUCAACAGAAGCUUAUUGAAUUGUCACAAAACUUAUCAUUUGCCAAUUCGGAGUACAAGUUGACUAUUGAAGGCUUGAAAUAUAAUGACGAGAAAAGCGCCAAAUUUGCCAUUUUAGGGUCGCCACUUAAAGUCCAUUGGCAAUCACCAAACGCAGCCCACUCACCACGCGAUUGGAUUGGACUAUACAAGAUUGUUCAAACUACCUACUCGCGCAACAAAACACUACUUUCUUCUGCAGGAAGGUGGACUUUUUGUAAAGAAGCAAAUGGAUCGUUUGUAUUUGAAAGGGAAAAAUUAUUUUGGGACGAAGGGGUUUAUGAGUUCAGAUACCAUUUGGAUGGUAAACAUGAUGUUGCUUAUGUUUCAGAGCCUUUUGAACUCAAAUGUGAACAUCUAGAAGUUCCAUUAUCUGAUGAUAAGGUAGAUGAUUUUGCAACUGUUUUGAAAGAGAAAUUAUUCGACAAAGUGUUUAAGGUGGAAUCGAUCAAUACUCCAAUCUCAUCGGUUGCCACUACUCAAUCGGAGAAUGUCUUUAAAGAUUAUGAACUAUUAAGCUCAAUCAUUUCCUUAUCGACAAAAGUUCAAAUAAGUCCAAAGAUAUUCUUCAAUUCUGAUAAAAUCACCAUUUUAGACGUGGCGAAGAAGCUCCUUCACAUCAAUAAAGUAUUGGCUGAAUUGUCGUACGACUUGAAUAUGAAAAAAAAUGAAUAA